AUGGCUGAUGCACUAGAUACAAAACUUAAAUACAAACGAGGAACUUGCUUUGGAUGCCGAAAGUGUUUGUAUUGUGGAGUUGAUCUACAAAAGCAAAAAUGUAAAUGCGAUAUAACGAAGCCACCUCAUAGAGGCAAUCGAACUGAUGCUGUCAAGUAUGCGUAUACACGAAUUUUUACUCCAGAAUGGACAGCAGACCAAAUUUCUUUUGUUCGUGAUAAAGUAUUAAAAUAUAACUAUGCAGUAAAUUUGAAGGAGUCUUUUAAUUUUUCGCUCUGCUCACGAUGUAAUAAUGGAUUGCUUAAAUUAGCGUCAGCAAAAAAAAAAUCAUCUGAUUCAAUAAAAAAGACAGUCCAAAAUUUUUCUAAGAAGAUUAAACUCGAACCUGAAAUAUAUGAUCUUACAUAUGAAAGCAUUUAUAAUCCAACAGAUUUUCUUGAAUCUGACGAAACUAGUGAAGAUGAUAUAUAUGAUACAGAAGAU